AUGGCCGAAGAACUCGACAUUCUGAUCUUGGGCGCUGGUAUCUCCGGCGUCAACGCGGCGUAUCGCGUGCGUACGGAGCUGCCAGACAGCAGCUUCGCCGUGCUGGAAGCUCGUGACGUUGUCGGUGGCACGUGGUCCUACUGGAAGUACCCUGGCUUCCGCUCCGACUCCAACAUGACCAACUUUGGGUUCGGGUGGCACCCGUGGCCUCACGACAAGAAGAUCAUCGAAGGCGCGCCAAUCGCUGCGUACAUUGAGGAUGCGGUCAAGACACAUGGCCUCGACAACCAUAUCCGCUACCGCCACAAAGUCAAGUCGUCCAGCUGGGACAGUGAUGAAGCGAAAUGGACGGUGACCUGCGAGACCCCAGAGGGCGAGAAGCAGAUCAAGGCCAAGUUCUUGUUCGUAUGCUCUGGCUACUACUCGUACGAGAAGGCACUUGAGACACACAUUCCUGGCAUCGACAACUUCAAGGGCCAAGUCAUCCACCCGCAGUGGUGGCCCGAAGACCUCGACUACAACGGCAAGAGAGUUAUUAUCAUUGGUUCCGGCGCCACAACAAUGACAUUGUUCCCGAAUAUUGCGAAGACAGCGGGUUCUACCACGAUCCUCCAGCGAAGUCCGUCUUAUGUGUUCGCACUUGCGGCUGAGUCAGGCUUCGACAAGUCGCUGAAGAGGUUUUUGCCUCUCUUCCUCGCCAACUGGAUGAUUUUGUUGAAGGACCUCAUUCUCGAGACAUUCUUCAUCCAGUUUGUCCUAAACUUCCCCGAAGCGGCUAAGAAGUUUCUGAGAAUGGAUGCGAAGCGUCGCUUACCGAAGGGCUAUCCAGUCGACAUCCACUUCAAGCCUCGCUACAACCCCUUCCAGCAACGUCUCAAUAUGUGCCCCGACGGCGAUGUCUUCAAGACACUACACCAGCCAAACACCGAGAUCGUAACCGACCACAUCGACACCGUCACAGCCGACGGCAUCCGCACCAAAUCUGGUCGCCAUCUCCCUGCCGACAUUAUCAUCACCGCCACGGGUCUGCACGUACAGCUCUUUGGCGGCACCGAAGUCACCGUCGAUGGUGUUCCUGUGAAGGUUGGCGAGAAGUACUGCUGGCGCGGAUGCAUGCUGGACGGAGUACCCAACGCGGCUGCCAUUAUUGGCUACGUCACCCAGACCUGGACACCCGGUGCUGACACCGUUACAAGAAUCUGUAUCCGUGUGAUCAAGCAGAUGCAAAAGACAGGUGCUGUCUCAGCCACGCCGGUACUGUCUGAGGAGGAGAAACGCGACGCCCCCCGAUUGCCAUGCGUGGACGCUACGUCCAAUUACUUCAAGAAGGCACAUGGCCGGAUGCCUGUGGUGACGAACCAGGGUCCUUGGUAUGGACGGAAGAAUCUUAUUGUGGACAAGCUUGCUCUGUGGUUUGGUAGUGUGACAGUAGGCAUGGAUUACCGGGUGGCGACGAAGGCUAAGGACAUCUAA